CAGCCAUAGUAAAUUAUGCUCUGUAUAAAAUUACAUGAGGAGGACUUGAUGCACGGGGGUGGUGCAGGUAUUGGCGGGGGUUCUAUAGUCGGACAGAACUCAAUAUUUGGGUGCUCGGCUGCAGGACACAGCGGGGUUAACCAGCUCGGCGGUGUUUACGUGAAUGGCCGACCGUUGCCAGACUCCACAAGGCAGAAAAUUGUCGAACUCGCCCACAGCGGUGCCAGGCCCUGCGACAUUUCGCGAAUACUGCAAGUCAGCAACGGAUGCGUUUCUAAGAUCCUCGGCAGGUAUUACGAAACCGGUUCGAUUAAACCGCGUGCAAUCGGUGGUAGCAAACCGCGCGUGGCUACCACGCCGGUAGUUAACAAAAUUGCCGACUACAAACGGGAAUGCCCGUCGAUCUUCGCUUGGGAGAUCCGCGAUCGAUUGUUACAAGAAGGCGUUUGCAAUAACGACAACAUACCAAGUGUAUCGUCCAUCAACAGGGUACUGAGGAACCUGGCUUCGCAGAAGGAGCAACAGGCGGCGGCUGUGCAGGCGCAUCAGGGCGCAGAGAGCGUGUACGACAAGCUCCGGAUGUUCAACGGCCAGGCUGCAGGUUGGCCACCGGCCUGGUAUUCCGCUACGCCCUCUCAUCAUCCUCUGGCCACCGGAAUCCCGACAGCGGCGACCCCCGGCUCCGGCCAGUCGCUGCUACCCACCAGCCAGCUUCACGGUCGCGACGAUUCCCUGCUGAAACGAAGUGACACCGGUUCUUUGUUGUCGCAUCAGCAGGAAACGACGUCGGAUGGGAAUUCGGAACACAAUUCAUCUGGCGACGAGGACUCGCAGGUUCGGCUCAGGCUAAAGCGGAAGCUGCAGCGCAAUCGAACAUCCUUCUCGAACGAACAGAUCGAUAGUCUCGAGAAAGAAUUCGAGCGGACACAUUACCCGGACGUGUUUGCACGGGAGCGUCUCGCCGAGAAGAUUGGAUUGCCUGAGGCACGUAUCCAGGUGUGGUUCAGUAAUCGCAGGGCGAAGUGGCGUCGAGAGGAGAAAUUACGGAACCAAAGAAGAGCAGCCGUCGAUCAGGUAGUCGGCGGCGGGAGCAGCGGGGGUGGAAGCAGCACCGCGCCACCGGCUGCGACCCCUGCCACGCCACGGUUACCCUUAAACGCCGGAUUCAACGCCAUGUACUCAUCGAUACCGCAGCCGAUCGCUACCAUGCCCGACACUUACAGCUCGAUGUCGAGCAGCUUGGGCGGGUCAAUGGGUGGAAGCUGUCUUCAGCAACGCGCCGAGGGAUAUCCGGCAUACGUGUUUCACGAGCCUCUUCACUCAUUGACGCAGUCUUACUCCCACGCACACAGCACUGCUGCGCAUUCGCAACCCCAUCGCGGUAUACCAACCUCUCAUGGUGGAACCCCCACCACGCCCGGUGGACAGCCUGCAGGACCAGGUGGUGCGCCCUACCAGCCGACGACCUCGACCGCGACUGGCGUGAUAUCGGCGGGCGUCUCGGUACCCGUUCAGAUCCCAUCUCAAACACCGGACCUGACCGGCAAUUACUGGCCGAGGCUCCAGUGAUCCCAGCUCUUCGGGUUCCCGCCCGCGAGCUUGCUCGUCGGCCAGGAGAGCCCGCCGCCACCGACAGCCACCCCUGGUGCAGUGUCCCGGCCGUUGCUCGCGUCCCUCGGACUGCCGACGCAGCCGGCGCAGCAUCAGCCCGCCUCGAACACGCCGGCUACCACUCCCGUGCACACCUCCGACACCAGUGAGUGAGUGAACCGAUCAAUCUCUCUGAACGCUCUCUUGCAGAGAUGGUCAACGCGACAAACUCGACGAAACUUUGUUAGUUCGGUUCGUUUGCGUACGACGAAGCGUCGGCCUCGACCGCGGCGUGAGUCGCGACGAUUGCUACACGCGUGAAAUUACUCAUUUCUAGCUAGUUUAGAAACACGUGUAAAAUAAAUUUAAUACGAACGUUGGCGUCAUCGAUGUGAAAACUGUUUUAUAUUUUUACAGAAACUGAAAGUAAUGCAUGCAAAUUUUAGCCUGAUUCAAUGGACACAGUUCGAUGAUUUAAUGAACAUAAUUAUUGUGUUGUAAUAUUUCAUGUUUUCAUCGUUACAUUGCAAAAUAUUUAUUUCUUGUAUCUUAAUUUAAAUAUUGAUUGUUCAAAUGGGCCUGUAUUAAGUUUUAUAUUUUAUUUAACACGGUAACAAGAGGAAACAAAAUUGAACUUUUACUUUAUGGAAUAUACAAUUUAAUGAGUAAAGUAAUUGAACUCGUUUCGUUGAAUUUAAAAAACGUAUCAAUCCACUCAAGACUAUUAAAGUCACUCUUGAUGAAAGAGUUGAACGGACGGAAACGGUGUUUAGAAACCUGUUAAGGGACGGCGCAACAGGAGUUUAAAAAGAGAAUAAAAGGUUAACGGGUCCGCUUUAAUUCGAUUAAUUACUCGUUGGAUGGCUGCCAAAUCUCGGCAACGAGCGAGCGGACACUGCUGAUCGCUACUUUCGGCCACCGGAAAACAAGUACACGAUACAACACCGCAACAGAAUUUGCGAUUACUGUCCUCCUAAAGAGAACCAACGCAUGUAAUCUAUCCGCACCAUCCUUAAAAACCAAUUAUCAAGUCGAUGCACAUGAAAUUUCAUUUUCUUUACACACCACAUGCAAUUUUUGUACAAUAACAAUUUCAUUCGAACAAUACAAUACAUUGUUUGUACAGACCAUUGUAAUUUAAUUACUACAAAUCUAUUAAUCAUCGUGAGCUCUAAAAUCACUACAUCUUUUUAAUAUUGCAUUUAUAGUUGCAUUUUUGUUUGACUGAAUAGAACUUGUCUUUUCAUUAAGUUUAACAACAGAGACGAUAGACGACCGGAAAAUUCGAACUAGAGAAAUAGAACGACGCUUCAUAUUGUAUAUAUCAACCUGAUAUUUCAGAGUAAUCGAGAAUUGUUAACACACGAUUUCUAAUGUCAGUAUCUCUACAAAAAAGCACUUGUGAUAGUAAUCAGGAAGUUGAAUGAAUAAUUGUCGCGCUAACGCGAUCCGUCGGAACUCGAGGCCGAUGCACAUCGUCUCUUCUUCGAUUCGCGUUUAAUCUAGUGGUCAUAGACGUAUACGCAUGACCCGGGUCACGCAGGGUAUAUUAUCCAUCUAUUUACGACAGUGUAGAAAUCAACAAGGCGUCGAACACGUUUUUUAAUUGAUCCAUUGUGGCAAUAAGUUUUGUGAACGUGAAAUUAAAUUAUUUAUAUUCUUUUAUAAAUGUGAACAUUUUUAUUUUCAUUAACUCUGGAUUUCUAGGUCUCUUACUAUUUAUGUCUACAAUCCAUACGUCGUUUGAUAGCUCGAAUCCUGUAACUGACUUGCCCAGAAAUGAAAAUAAUACAAAUACUUGUCGAUAAUUUUCAAGACACAGCUAGAGAUUAGAUCGGCUUUGACUAAACAUAAUUCUAUUUAUCCGAAGGUUCGAAUUCUGUUUCACCGUUACCAUUUCCCGUUCCUUAAUCGAGGACUGGCAAGGGUUUAUCGAAUUUUUCACGCAUGCCACUGGUACGCAUGACCGGCGCGCGAAUCGCGCGGAUAUUUCGAGGGAUUCGAAGACACGCAGAGGGGCGGGCACCCGUUGCAAAUAUUCUCGCGAGACUUUGGGGUGGCUCUAGCCAGGCCGGCUGUCUUUUCUAAGGGUGGGAGCCACGGGGAUUGAUAGCUGCCUCGAGGGUGGCUUUUUUCGCCGACCGGCCAUCACGCUCGCUCGCAGAUAUGGCGUCGGCUAACAAUUCAACUCAGAAAUUUCCUCGAAGGUCCGUAUUGUGAUAAAUAUUUUUCGUGAACGAAAAUCUUAGAAAUACGAAAAGCAUAAGCUUGUCACGUUUGAACAUACAGUUAAAGAAAAUUAAAUUCUUAAAUUGCACACUAGUUUAAUAUUUAUUAUAUGUUAAUUAAAUGAAUUUCCGAGUGACACUCAUAAUCUGAAUAAAAAUCACGAUGGAUCGUUUGACAAAACGUGUUCGUAUGCAAGCAGAACGCAACUCCGCAAGGUUUGCACGAAACUUUGGGUCUUCGCGUCAAAUUCCGUUAAGAGAAGGGAAUCUCUCGCACGGAGUUUGCGAACGAUCCUCGGAUACAAGCCGUAGCUUUAAACUCUUCCGACUAGUUUCAAACAAGGGAAACGUGUUUCCGGAACCGCUCUUUCUCUCUUUUGCUCGUGCGACUAAUCGAAGUCGUGCUACGAGCGCGUUGUAUAUUUCCCUCCCCUGGCACGAACGUUCUACACCUCUGGUCCAAGCUUCACGCGAUUCUAGAUUAAGACAAUCCAAUCUGUAGCUGGUAAAGGGAGAAAGAUUAUCGCUGUCGACCGAUCGCGAAACCACUCGAACGGGAGGCCCUUUAGGGUACGCCUAGGUUAACGAAUAAGAUAAGUGAGAACGCGCUUACAGAAGCACACGAGCCAUGUUUCGCACGUGCUUCGACAAGUAAAUUCAUAGAGUCAUAGUUUCGAACACGAGGGACGCGUCGCUUAUCAAUAACAAUCGUCUGUCUCUUCGUCUCUUAUAGUCAAGGGCAAGAUAUAAGAAGAUCAGUAAAAUAGAAGGGCUGAUUUAUACAUCUCGAGCAAUAUGAAGUGACGUCAAGCUGUAACCGCAUUUUCGUAAUUUUGAGUCGGUUAGCAAAUAGAAGCCUCAAAUAGCAGUUUCAUCAUGCCAAAAAAUUAGUCUAAAUUAAUUUAUACAUAAUAACUAUAAAUAAUAAUUAUUAAUGCAGUAAUAAGUCUCAAUUGAAUGUUUUCACAAUAAUUCCUUUGAUAUUUGAGAUUCUAAUUACUUAGAGGAUUUAAAUAUACUAUCAGUUUACAGCUUGCUAUCACUAUAAGAGAGAGCAACACUAUUGUUUUACUUCGUAUAUCUCCCUCGACUAUUUCCUCAUUCGGACAGUUCGGUGCUAUUUGUAGCUCGCCUCCUCGUCGAUCAUCUGUAUAAAAAAAGUUGUAAAAUAGCAUUUGUUACUCUUCUUAGCCUGUAAUAUAAAUUAGAGAGAAAUCGUCGACACGCUAUGUAUAUACUAUGUUUAGAUAAGGGGCGAUCGUUACGGUUACGGUGCCAUUCGAUCGUGUACCAAUUCAUAGAAAUCGUACACAGUCAGACACGGACAGCAACCUCUUCGCCAUAAUCUGUAUUCGAUGUUCUUCCUUGGAACCGGAAACGAACGGCCGACCGCCUUUACCUUCGUAAUUCGGAGAAGAGUUUUGGCGGUCGAUCAAUGUGUUCGAAGACGCGACCCAAGCCUACAUUUAUCAUUAGACUGCGGACUUUAUGCAUUUCUGACAAGAUCGGAUAUGCACAGAACAUAAGUAAUUCAUAUAAUGUGCAACAUGUGCAUAAUCUCAAAGCAUAAUACACGUAAUUAUUUUUCGAGCAAGAAGAAUAUCAAUCUAGAUUUCAUUUUUUAGAUUGACAUCAGAAAAAUUUGAUUUUGCAUAAAAAUCCGCAGUCUAUUUAUUACGCUCGCUCAUUGUUUCCGCACAUUGUAUCGCGGUUCAUGUUAUGCGUUUCUCACCCGUCAAGAGUCUUGGAACGGAUCUCGUAGAUCGACACGGAGACGUCACAACGAAUGAUACAAGUUUCGGGGUGGAUUGAAUUACUUGAGAUCGAUUCACUACGCUUUUCUUAGUUUCUCUUUGCAUUUGAAUGAUAUGUCUCACUCACUGUUCGUUGCCUUAACUCCAACGAUGGGUUUCAGUUACUAUUGAAUCUUUACAGGGAAAAAUCGGCACCCAUCGUUUCACGUUGAUAUAGAAUAUCUUAUCCAAUUUAUCAUCGUGAUAAUAUAAAAUGUUCUUUUAAUUGACUUAUGAGUAAAAGAACAUUAAUAUUACGAUAUGCGAAUGUAUAUAUUUAGUUGAGAGUAAAGUAAAGAAAAUCUGAUCAUAAAGUUUGUACUAUUUGAAAGUUGGCGGCGUGAAUCGAAUCUCGCUAGGCCAGUGGAACGAUGAGAAACUCGUUGGGGCCAAAGUUUGAAUGAAAAUGAAUUUCACCCAUCCUCGGUCACCAUCCACGUACAAAGUGUAUCGCGAAAGUGGAAAAAUUACGGUACAGGGUAAUUUGAUAAAUAUAUGUACAUGCACUACCUCAGAGACAAGGCUUUUUACGCGAUAUAAAAUUUUUAAUUAAUCGCAUUAGCGGGCGAAAGGAAGAGAAAAACGGGGAAGUCCCAGUCGGCGGAAGAGACGGAAGGACGCGCAAGCGCGAUCGUGAGAAGCACUCGAAAUUUUCGUUGGUACUCGACAAACGGGUCUCGUUUGUUUCACGUGAUGUACAAACGGCCUUGUUUCGUUUUCUGCCUCCGUUUUUUCUCAUCAUUCCAUUUUCUGAACCAGCCGAUUGAACUCGUCCUUCUUUUCGCUCGUUGAUUCGUACCUGACGCGAGGAACGCUAAAUCGGUGAUUAGAAUCGACCCACCGACUUCCAACAACCUAUUUUUUAAUCAGAGUGUCCUAGAAAAUGUUGCAUGCUUCAUACGUCUUUAGAUAUGGACGAUGGAAAUAGUUACGGUUAAACAUUAAAUAUAUUUAACAAUUUUUGUUGCGAUUUAACGAGAAAUAGUCUCAUUUCUCAAAAUCAUUUAUUCUGUGUGCAAUGUUCAUAGCUAGAACACUCUGACACGAAUCCGUAGAGGUCGCGAGGUUGUUCGUUCCAAGAUUCCCUGGACCAUAUUUUGUUCCCUCCGCCGAAGCAUAAUCCAUCUGUAUAUGAGUGUUACGCAACAAGCAUCCGUUUAAUUAGACUUGGAUCUCCAGAACAGGCUUUUACCUCUCGAAGAGGAACUUUGUGCAACUGCGUCGCGUCAAGUCUCUCUAAGUAGGUGACGAGCUCUAACAAUUUGUCAGCAGUCAAUAGGAUAAUUAACGAUUUGGUGCGCCGUUUAAACGAUUAUAACGGCAGGGCGUGAACGUGAAAACGCGUUGCGUUCCGUAGGAGAAACGACGUUUCCCGGCGCAGCUGGUGUACCGCAAUUCGUUUGAACGUUUUCUACGGCGAACGUUGAAUUGUACUGUACAUUAGUAUAAAUUUAUAUUUUUGGAUGAAAAGAAAUGAAAAAAGACAAGUGAGAACAAAAACGUACGCGCAAGGCUUGUAAACGGUAACGAGCCGCUGCGAAUUAGGAAAAAUCGCUCCUGGAUACGACCACGUAUCUGCUACACUAUCGGUUCCUCCGGAGCCGAGAGCCUUGAUUAUUCGAGGCCAUACACUUCGUUCAGAUCGAAGCGUGAAGCACUUCCGCGUCUACAGCCUUUCGAAUCAAACAAUCAAGUACCCUCAUUCCGAAUUAUUCUGCAUGAAAUUCGAUAGAGAAUCAUUUUUUUUUUUAAAUUAUAGUUUUUCUAUAUAGUAUAUUGAAUAUGAUUGAGGCUAUCUUGUAUUUCAAAGAAACUAACAAAAUUGAAACAAUAAUUAUAUAUAUAUUUGAAUAAUAUCUCGUUGUCUAAAUUUUUGAUAUACAUUUGUUUAUAAGUUGUACAUGCAAAUAUAUGAAAAUUUUUUAACAAUUGAAAUCUGUGGAACUUCGUAGAUCGAUUCAUUAUUGCGGAAGUGGUCACGCAGUUUUCUUAUUAUCUGUAAUAAUAAUACCGAUAAACGAAUACAGUGUAUGAGUAUUAACAAAUUUAUUAACGAGAAUAAUAUAUUAUUGCGACAGUAAUCUACGUAAGUGUUGUGAAUAAUGGAGAUAAUAUUGUUGCUGUGAUUACCUUUAAGAUUGUAAGUAGUAGGAUAUAGAACCACUGUUAGGUGUCACUGUCUCGAUUCAAUAAAUGUUAUUUCAUUUUAAUGAGAA